UUACCUUUUUAUUUCUUUCGCCUGAACCCACAUACAUUUUCCCUCUCUCUCUCUCUCUCUCUCUCUCUCUCUCUCUCUCUCUCUCUCCCUCUCUCCGACAUCGAGUUAAGACAUGGUAGUGAAGAUGAUUAAAUGGAGGCCAUGGCCGCCGCUUUUAUCAAAGAAAUUUCAGGUGAAAUUGGUGGUGAAGAAGUUGGAAGGAGGGAGUAGUGAUCCUGUGCAUGCGGACACAGAGAAGGAUAAUCGAAGGGCUGUGGAGGUCAGAUGGAAGGGACCAAAGAGUACAUUUAGAAGAACAGUGAAGAGAAAUUUCACGAAGGAGGAGAUAAUUGUGGAACCAAACGGCGUCGUUCUCUGGGAUGAAGAGUUUCAUACCAUUUGUACCCUUUCUGGGUGUAAAGAGAAUGUGUUUUACCCUUGGGAGAUUGGGUUCACUGUUUUGAAUGGAUUAACACCAGGGCCUAAGAAUAAGGUUCCUAUAAUUGGAACAGCUUCCUUAAACCUUGCUGAUUAUGCUUCUGCCAUUGAAGAAAAGGAUUUUGAGCUUCAUAUUCCUCUUACUAUCCCCUGUGGACCCCACGAGCCUCCCCCUUUACUUCAUAUAUCACUCUGUUUGAUAGAACUCAGAGCUGCUGCUCAAGAAUCAGCAGAAUCAAUACAGAAUCAAAGUCAAACAUCAGAAAAGUCAACACAAAAUCAAAGUCAAACAACAGAAAAUUCAUCAGGAGAAAAAGACGAGCUUUCUGCACUUAAAGCAGGGUUAAGAAAAGUCAAAAUCUUUAAAGACUAUGUGUCAAUCAGACGAGCUAAAAAAGAUCAUGACAUCAGCGAAAGCAGAAGUGAAGAGGGUGAUUACACUUACCCUUUUGAUUCCGAUUCCGAUUCCGGUUCCCUUUCUGAUUCCGGAGAAAAAGAGAAUAAAGAAAACGAUGCUAAUUUUAGGAAGUCAUUUUGCUAUGGUACAUUGGCAAAUGCAAAUUACGCUGGAGGGUAUCUUUAUGAGAACAGUGUUUAUUAUAGUUAUAGAAAAUCUGAUGUUGGAUUGUCUCAGAAAGAGGAUCCGGAUCCUUCUAUUUUGGAAGGGUACAUUGGUCAAAAUUCAAAACGAAGUAUUUUACCAUGGAAGAAGAGGAAACUUAACUUCAAAUCACCAAAAGUCAAAGGUGAGCCAUUGUUAAAAAAAGCUUAUGGUGAAGAAGGUGGAGAUGACAUUGACUUUGACCGGCGCCAGCUCAGCUCUGAUGAAUCACUUAUUGGGUGGCAAAAUGGAUACGGGGACUCUUCUUUGAACCAAUCUUGGAUAUCCGAGUUUGGGGACGAUAAUUUUGCUGUUGGAAAUUGGGAACAAAGGGAAAUUAUCAGCCGCGAUGCGUACAUGAAACUUGAAACACAACUUUUCUUCGCAUCCAUCGAUCAACGCAGUGAACAGGCGGCCGGAGAGGGUGCAUGCACCGCCCUAGUGGCGGUGAUUGCUGAUUGGUUCCUAAACAACCACGAUUUAAUGCCAAUUAAGUCCCAAUUCGAUUCUCUCAUUAGAGAAGGAUCUUUAAAAUGGAGAAACUUAUGUGAAAACGAAAUCUACAGAUCCCAAUUUCCUGAUAAACAUUUCGAUCUUGAAACUGUUAUCCAAGCGAAUGUGCGCCCUAUUUCUGUAAUCCAAGAAAAAUCGUUCGUGGGGUUCUUUCACCCCGAACAAGUUGAAGAGGGCAAAUUCGACUUUUUACAUGGGGCAAUGUCGUUUGAUAGCAUGUGGGAUGAAAUUAACCACGACAUGGAUCUUGGUGAAUCCAAAGUCUACAUCGUGAGUUGGAAUGACCAUUUCUUUGUGUUGAAAGUGGAACAAGAAGCUUUUUACAUAAUUGACACUUUAGGUGAGAGGCUAUUUGAGGGUUGUAAUCAAGCUUAUAUCUUGAAAUUUGAUCGAAAUACAACGAUUUAUAAAAUACCCGUUUUGGAUUCUCAAGAACAGAGGGUUGAGGAGGAUCUUGUUGAGGAAUCGGUGAAGAAAGUUGGUGAAUUUGAGGUUUUUUGUAAUGGAAAAGAGUGUUGUAAGGAGUACAUCAAGAACUUCUUGGCUGCUAUUCCUAUUAGGGAACUUGAAGCAGAUAUGAAGAAAGGUUUGAAUUCCUUGACACCAGUUCAUCAGAGAUUACAGAUAGAGUUUCAUUACACGUCAGCAAGCCAGUCAGCACCAUGUCAUUAGCAAACCUAGGUUGCCAAAUAGACAAAUGUUGCAAGCUUAUAGGUAUAAUUUCUAGAAGGAUAAACUAACUUUGGUAUACCUUAAUCAUGGUUAAAGGUUGUUACUUUAGAUUCUUGAUUGGGUUUUUCUCAAAAAAAGAAAAAAACCCAGAAUUUUUUAGGGUUCUUAGUAGUAGAUGUUAAUUUGAUCUCAUAGUCUUUGACUUUUUAUGUUGACUCCCCAACCCCCAACAUAACUUUGUUUUUACUUUUUUUUCUUGAAUAGUUAUGUAAAAGCAACUUUGUGAUCUCUAUUGGUGCAAAUGAAGAUAUUUUUCC